UUCACGCUUUUUACACUUGCUGUCAUUUGAGCUUUAGUGGAGCUGAAGUACCAGCCUGGAGUGGUUACCGAGGAACUAGUCUGGUAGGUGUGACAUUGAUACAUGGUAAUCAUCCUUCCAGUGUGGAGAGAUGAACGAGAGUGCAAACGAGGGAGGGAUUAAUAGAGAAAGGGUAGGCCCACUCGUCUCUUAGGAUAGAGGUCAGUCUUAGACAGAAAGGAAAGGUUUAUUGUGCCACCAGGACAGUGGAGACCGGAUUCUACUACACCACCCUACUCAGCUCCUCUCCAUUUCUCUGAUGGCACAGCAUGACCCAAAUGACCCUCCAUACUACUCAGUGGCAGUGCACACACAGCCUCCUCUCAAUUUAUAUGAAGAGGUAGUCUAUGGAGUGAGUUAUGGAGUUGUUCAGACCACUGUCCCAAACUACAUCCCUCAGAAUUCCCUGCCAGUGGCAGCCCCAGUCAUCACCCAGCACAGUUUCCCACCGCCUAACAGUAAGAAGAAGGAGUGCUGUGCUCACAGUGUCCAGUGUUACUGUGGAUCAGGGGCAACUGUUUUCUUGCUGGCCCUACUCACAGUGGCCAUCUGGCUAGGAGUACAUUAUGGCACCAGGUUGGCAACAGCAACUAUAAUCCAGAAUGCUGGCGGCAGGGAGGAGAAUAUUGAAGGUGCAAAGCAGUGGAGUAUAACAGAAGCUGAUUCCUGCUCCAACUUCACAGUCGAAUGUGAUGCUGUCCGAGACUGCCAGCAGGGCAGCGAUGAGACCAACUGUGUGAGACUUGCUCCGGGUGGAAUUCUGCAGGUCAGGACUGCUCAGGAUGGCCGGUUCCUCCCAGUGUGCUCUCAAGGGUGGGAUCAGAGCUAUGCUGACCAGACUUGUGCUCAGCUGGGCUUCAGGCGGUCAUUUGCCUCAAAUUCAGUGGAGAACCAGAUGUCUACUGUGCUGACUUUGCAAGCCAGAAUAUCUCAACUUAUUCAAGGUCUUGUCACUGUCAGCCCUUCCUGCCCAAAUGAGAGAACAGUCACCCUUGAAUGCAUCGACUGUGGAAAGCAGCAGUUAACCUCCAGAAUCAUAGGGGGCAGAGUUGCACAGCUUGGCCGCUGGCCAUGGCAGGUUAGCCUGCACUUCAACGGGAUGCACAUCUGUGGUGGAACCUUGAUCUCUCAAGACUUUGUGGUGACAGCAGCUCACUGCUUCCCAGAUUCGAAUCCUUCAUACAUGGAUGUCAGACACUGGCAUGUGUAUACCGGCAUGGUUUCUCAGAACAAACUUCAGAACCCCUACUUUGUGAAGAAAAUCUUACUGCAUGAUCAGUAUAACAAGAACACUGAUGAUUUUGACAUUGCUCUCCUGAAACUCACUAGUCCUGCUGAACUGUCGAGCACUGUGAAUCCAGCCUGUCUUCCUGCCUUCGAAAAGAACUUUCCUCAAGGAACAGAAUGCUGGACAUCUGGUUUUGGGGCAAUAGUAGAAGGAGCAGACAUUGGCUCUGUGGAUCUCAUGGGGGUGGCAGUGAGCAUCAUCGAUGUACGGGUUUGUAAUAGUAGUGAUGUCUACCGGGGACGAAUCUCUAUGAACAUGAUGUGUGCUGGUGACAUGCAGGGAGGACGGGACUCCUGUCAGGGGGACAGUGGGGGUCCUCUGGUGUGUCAGGACAGUGACCAGCGGUGGUACCUAGCAGGCGUGACAAGCUGGGGGGCAGGUUGUGGACGGAGACAAAGGCCAGGCGUCUACAGCAAAGUAACCAGCCUCUUGCCCUGGAUUCAAAGUAUGAUGCAGAAAGAGAGACCUUAAUGUCACUCUCCUGUGUGGCCUACAUUCACUUCUCCCAAAGGACCAUGGGACAUCCUCACAUGUUUCGACAGUAAUCUACAGUGGCCAAACAAGAGUACUGGUAGAUGAGGACCACAGAGGACAGAAACAGAUCAUAACAAUAGCACACUUUGAAAUGGGAUGGUGAUUCUCCAUUGCAGCUAUGACAUCCAUUGGGAAAUGGGUGCAAACUUUAAUACAGCUGUACCUUCUAGCUAGAGGGCACAAACACUAGCUAUUAGUCCACAGGGCUGUAUUUGUAACUCUGCCAUGCUUAGUGAGUCACCAAGCUGUCCAUGAACAUAUACUUGAUUUGAUGAAUUCACACUGGUACAAAGCACAUUCUGUGAGUCUUUCAGCCUUUGUCUUGUUGUACAUUACUGGUGUGCAUUGACGCUUGGCUUUGGGAGUAUUAUAUGUUAGUUUUAUUUUUCUACCAGUAUAAAUCGAGUCAGUGCUUGUUGCAUCUGAAGUGAUUCUUUACAAUCUCACUGGAAGUAAAAAAUAGACUUUCUGUAGAAAUUUGUAAAAAGGAAAUAACCAUAACCAAUCUGAAACAUUGAACAAAAUAUUGACUUUCCAUUAAUUACACCUUAGGGUAUGUGAGUAUGAUAAACAAGUUUGAGCCACUAGUGCUCUUAAGACAUGCAGGAAUGUGGUCUUUACACUUGAUGACAGAAGAUUAUACUU